GGAAAUGCAGGAAGAAUUAGAAAAAUUUUCAAAGCUUCCAGCUCACCGAGAUGUUGAUUCUUGCAUAGUAUCACUUCUCUCCCAUGGAAUAGAGGGUGGAAUCUAUGGCAUAGAUGGCAAGCUACUUCAGUUGCAGGAGAUUUUCAGACUCUUUGAUAAUGCUAACUGCCCUAGUCUUCAAAAUAAACCCAAAAUGUUCUUCAUUCAAGCUUGUCGGGGAGGUAUAAGCGGAACCCACAUUCACCUCCCUGCCUUGCUGUUGCCACUACCUCUGUCUGUAAGUGCUUCUCACUCUGCAUGGCAUGUGGUCAGCAAUUUGCAGACCCUGCAGUACCAUGGAAAAGGAGAAGGGGAGCUUUCUGAUAAUGCCCUGUGUGUUGCAUGUAUGCAGUGGAGCAGUUAGCCAGACUAAUCAGACUCCAGAAAGGAGAUUUUAUCAGUUUGCUGGAACUGAGCUACUCUUUUUCCUCUUUGGUCUGCAUUAUAGUCUUUUCUUAUCAUUGUUGGAUCUUGGUGGAAUGAAUAACAAAGCAGCCUGACAGUCAGUAACACAUUUUCCAUAAAGGCCAUCAUCUGUAAAUAGGAGCACUACAUAUUCUACAAAGGGGAAUUAUGCUGAAAAUGUUGGCCAUUUCUUGCACUUAGUUAGGAAGCAUGAAGGAGUAUUUAGUUGUGACUUUUCCUGGUGGAGUGG